AUGCCACAGGAUCUGCACGAAUGUGAGCUAUAUAAGAAAAGCGAGGAAGGAGAGAAUAAGGUGGAAUGCUACUGCUGCAGCAAGCGUUGCAUCAUUGAGGAAAACUCUGUGGGUCAAUGCGGAGUCCGGUUCAACCAAAAAGGAAAACUGUAUCUUCUUGUUUAUGGACGUCCGUGCGCUGUUCACAUCGACCCCGUAGAAAAGAAACCGCUGUACCACUUUCUUCCCAAAACAUGGAUUCUCUCCAUUGGCACAAUCGGCUGCAAUUUCAAAUGCACCUUCUGCCAAAAUUGGGAUAUUUCACAGGCAGUGUGCAGUUUACGCGAAUCUCUCCAGAACAAGGAGACCGACAUCGAGGACGUGUACAACGAAUUCUGCGCGACGGAGCGCUACUACUCUCCAGAAUUCCUCGUAAACCAAGCGAAACAAAAGAAUUGCAAGAGCAUCGCCUUCACCUACAACGAGCCCACGAUUUGGGGCGAAUAUGCACACGACAUAGCGAAGCUAGCGCACGAAAACGGAUUAAAAUGCGUCUAUGUGACCAAUGGCGACAUGACCGAGGAGCAUCUCAAAUACAUCCAGCCGUAUGUCGACGCGCUCAACAUCGACCUCAAAUCCUGGAACCCGAAGUUCUACCGCCAGCUGUGCGGCGGGAACUUCCAGAACGUGCGUCGUAACAUCGAAUUGGCGGUGGAAAUGGGAUUCUGGGUGGAAGUGACGACGCUGAUCAUCCCAGGAGAGAACGACAGCGACGAGGAGCUGACGAAGAUCGCAGAGUUCUUGUACUCGGUGAAGCCGACGCUGCCUUGGCAUAUCUCAGCGUUUCACCCGGAUUAUAAGAUGAAAGAGAAGACGCGAACACCGGAAGCGACGCUGAAACGCGCGUAUGCGAUCGGGAAGAACGCGGGGUUGAAGAAUAUUUAUAUGGGGAAUGUGCAUUCGCAUGGGGCGGAGGAUACGUUUUGCUGUGAGUGUGGAGAGCGAUUGGUGAAGCGGGAUUGGUAUGAUGUGACGGUCGUGGGGAAGGAAGUGUUCGAUGGGAAGUGUCUGAAGUGCGGAGCGAAGCAGGACGGAGUGUGGGAGACGGAGAUGUGGAGUGUUUGUUUGAAACGAUUGAGAGAAAUAUGA